AUGGAUUCUCGAAGAAAUUCGGAUUCCUUUACAACCGAAGAGUAUCAGUUCCGACUUGAUACAUUUGCCAGUGGUACCCUCGAAGAUGAUCCUGUCUCUGUCCGGCUUGGACAACGCACACAUCUUAGACCAUCAUAUGAAGAUCAACACGCCUUUGAGUUAUUGGUAGAUCAUUUCUUCCCAUCCUUGAAUCGCCCACGUUACCAUUCACUCGAGGUCUGGUACGAAGGGUAUAACGCGACUGGAACUUUCGGUGGACCACCCCAUGACUGGUUCGCUGUGACACUUACCGGGCAUGUCCAGUCUUUACUGACUGGUAUCGGCACUCAGUUCGGCGAUUAUUGA